AUGCAACUCUUCAGCGCCCUGGUCGGCGCCGCCGUUCUCCUUGCAACCCAGGUGACUGCCCGUAAGUGCAGCUAAGGCAGAACAGCCGUUUACACUUCCAGCUAAUCAGCAAUCGCGACAGACAUGCAGCUCGACUAUCCCGCGCCCUUCAACGCCUCAAAAAACGCCUAUCGCAAGACUGCGGCAGAUCCAUAUCUACAAUACCCGUACGAUUGCUGCGGCCCGAACGACCGCUGGCAAUACCCUUGCCGCGGCUAUCACAAGCUUCUAGGCACUCCGCAAGGCGCUCCAACGGCCACCUGGGUUGCAGGUAGUACCGCCAACUUCAAUAUCAGCGGCAUCGGUAAUCAUUUCGGCGGUUCCUGCCAAGUUGGCUUCUCCACUGAUGAUGGCGACACGUUCCGAGUCGCUACUUCUUACGAGGGCAACUGCCCUCACCGCGACAACGGAGACGGCCCCGAUGGCCAAGACUUCACAUUCGCUGUUCCGAAGGACAUCGACACUGGCGUUCAGCUCUUUGCGUGGAUCUGGUACAACCGAGAGCAGGAGAUGAACAUGAACUGUGCGGCUGUAAGUAAGAGCCUACGGGCCUGUUGUAUGGCAUUCGGAGACCUACUGAUAUCCUUUUGCAGGUCAAGAUUGUCGCUCCCACCAAUGCGGCCUCCAACCCGACGGCCUCAAAUACUGCUACCGCCUCACCACCGGAAGCAUCCACUCAAACGUAUCAGACUGUAAAUGGCUGCACCUGUCAUUGUGAAUCACCUGUCAACAUCACCACGUGCUCAUGCGCGGACUGCAAGGGCCCAUCGAGCAAGAGCCGCGACGUCGCUUUCAACAGUCGUCCACUCAUGUUUGUGGCAGACAAUGGCAACGAUUGCUUAACUCCACACACCACAGCGGAGCUCAAGUAUCCUGAUCCGGGCCCAGAUGUCGUCACUGGAGAUGGUGCCUAUCCUCUGGAGCCACCUACAGGAGCCUGUACGCCAGAGGAGCAAUUGGCCAAGCAGGCGUAUGACGGAAAUACCGGGAACGACGGACACAUGGGCGCGUAG